GAAGACUUAUUCGACUCCUUCAUUUUUGAAAACUUCAUUUCUGUCUAUUUACCCCAACCUGAACGCAGUCGACUCCCCUUGACUUAGCUCAGAAAAAUCUGUACGACCAAACCGACUGAAGAAAAAUUCAUUUCAAAGCCUUCAAGUCUUCAAUUGACCUCUUGAUUGUUUUUGGUACGGGAAAAGGCGAUCAUCUGUUGAUAAAAGUUUUCGAUCGAGUUUUUUAAAAAUGGCAGAAGCAAUGUAUGCCACGGACGAGUAUGGACGUCCAUUCAUUAUUAUCAAAGAUCAGGCGACCAAAACACGUAGUCAUGGUGUAGAAGCCAUCAAGUCUCAUAUCCUAGCCGCACGUACAGUUGCCAAUAUUGUCAAGACAUCCUUAGGACCUCGAGGUCUUGAUAAAAUUCUAGUCUCACCCGAUGGAGAUAUCACAGUGACAAAUGACGGUGCUACGAUCUUGAGUCAGAUGGAGGUAGAGCACCAGAUUGCCAAACUGAUGGUGCAACUAUCACAAUCACAAGAUAGUGAAAUCGGUGAUGGAACAACCGGUGUAGUGGUGCUCGCAGGUGCUCUACUAGAAGAAUCGGAAGCUCUGCUCGAUCGUGGAAUCCACCCCAUUCGAAUUGCUGAUGGGUUUGAAAAGGCUUGUGCUAUCGCGGUACAGGAACUCGAUCAGAUUAGUGAUCAGCUAGAGUUUAGCGAAUCUGACAAGAGUCAACUUGAGAAAGUUGCAGCCACCAGUCUAGGUAGUAAAAUUGUAUCAAAGUCUGGCGAUCUGUUUCCGAAGAUUGCUGUGGAAGCUGUUCUUUCAGUUGCAGACUUUGCUCGAAAAGAUGUCGAUUUUGAGCUCAUCAAGGUAGAUGGAAAGGUCGGAGGCUCACUCGAAGAUACCAAACUUAUCAAAGGUGUUAUCAUCGAUAAGGAUAUGUCACAUCCUCAAAUGCCAAGAUCUUUGACCGACUGUAAAUUAGCUAUCCUAACAUGUCCUUUUGAGCCACCUCGACCGAAAACCAAGCACAAAUUAGAUAUCACCAAUGUAGAAGAAUACAAGAAACUGAUGGGUUACGAGCAAGAGAAAUUUUUGCAGAUGAUUAAGCAGAUUAAGGAUGUUGGUGCUAAUUUGGUGAUUUGCCAGUGGGGAUUCGAUGACGAGGCAAACCAUUUACUUUUGCAGAAUGAGUUACCGGCGGUAAGGUGGGUUGGUGGGCCUGACAUUGAGCUGAUAGCAAUAGCCACUAAUGGUCGUAUUGUACCCCGUUUUGAAGACUUGACUGAAGCCAAGUUGGGCAAAGCUGGUAUUGUUCGAGAGAUCGACUUUGGUACAACAAGGGAAAAGAUGUUGGUGAUCGAAGAAUGUGCAAACUCAAGAGCAGUGACCGUUUUCAUCCGAGGUAGUAACAAAAUGAUUGUAGAAGAAGCCAAACGAGCUUUGCAUGAUGCACUUUGCGUAGUUCGAAACUUGGUGACUGACUCUCGAGUUGUAUACGGUGGUGGAUCUGCAGAAAUUGCUUGCUCAAUAGCUGUUGCUAAAGCAGCUGAUGAGAUCCCAACUAUUGAGCAAUAUGCUAUGAGGGCCUUUUGCUCAGCAUUAGAUGCUGUUCCUUUAGCUCUUGCCGAGAACUCAGGAUUGUCGCCCAUUGAAACAUUAGCCGAUGUAAAAAGUCGACAAAUUUCCGAAAAGAAUCCACGUUUGGGUAUUGAUUGUGUUGGUCAAGGAACUAAUGAUAUGAAAGAACAAUUUGUGAUUGAUCCAUUGAUUUCAAAACGACAACAAUAUUUGUUGGCCACUCAACUUGUCAGAGCUGUUUUAAGGAUUGAUGAUGUGAUUCAUAGUCAUGAUGUUGGUGCGGAUUAUUAAAAGAAAUGUUUAUAAUAAGUUACAAAAAAUCAUCAUUAUCAUCAUUGUCGGAUGGGUCUUUCUUUCUCUGAGGGAUGUUGGUUUGGAGAUCUGACGUAAUCUUGAACUACAACAAUAUAUCUUACCAUAAUUGGACUUUGAUUUCUUCUUCG